AUGCAGCCAUCCAGGCUUGAUGUUCUUCUCUCGACUAAGGACAUGGCCAGUCAGAAGGGAGGCCUGCUUUCAUUGGCAGUCGUAACCGCGAAUAUGAUAGGUUCUUCCGCAAAAGCCCUUCAACGGAACUGCGGCUUCUCCAUCUCUCGGAUUGGGUCGCGGUCGGAGAAUUCCAAUCCAUGGAGCCAGCCAAGGAACCUUGACAAGACGCUGUUCAAAACGAAGGGCGAUAACCUCAUGGAACUCACUGAGUCCUGCCCUGAGAUUUUCAAGAACACACAGGCCGAAUUCUCACCCAGAACACCGCUACACUGCACCGCUACACUGCCCGUGUGCCCAUGUUUUCCGGUUCUGUCACUUUCCGGUUCUGGCUCCGUGCUGCAAAGCUUUGUGACUGUUGAGGAAGCGUUCAGAGGCUUUCAUGUGGCAGUGGCUCUAGUGGCCUUUGGCGAUCUACAGUGGCAGAAGCAGCCGACGCAACCCGUAAAGGCGGUGGCUGUGGGCAAGCGCGUCAAGAAGGUUGUACAUGAUGAGAAGGUGCACUUCUAUGUUUCUCCUUUUCAACGAACGUUGCAAACGGCCAGAAACAUGAUCUUCUCCGCUUUCGACCCUUACCAGGUUGUAGCUGUCUCUGUGGAUCCCAGAAUUCGCGAGCAAGAGUUUGGAAACUUGCAAGGUGACAACUUCGUCGGCCUUCGUCAAGAGAGCACGAAGAUCAGAAGAUUUUGGUAUCGCUUUCCGACUGGGGAGAGUGGUGCUGAUGUCUAUGACCGAACCCGACAGUGGUGGGAUUCGAUGAUGGAUAGACACCUGAUGGAACAGAGCGGGGCCAGCUCCAUUAUAGUUGUUACCCACGGAUUGACCAUGCGGCUAAUCUUGAUGCAGCUAUUCCACUGGUCGCCCAACACCUUUCACACCGUUUGGAAUCCCGACAACUGUGCGAUGUAUGUUCUGCAGAAGAACAUGUCGAGCUCAGCUCAUUAUCCUUAUUUCGUUGAUGAAGCAGAGGGCGACCGCAUAAUGUCUUCUAUCGAUCUUGUUGUCACGUUUCAAGACAACUCGACGAAGCAGUUGACAAUGGUCGAUUAUCUGUCCAUUCCACCGCCACGUACUCUUCAACUUCCGGCGGUCAAGGAGCUCCUCGCUGAGCAGUUUGGCCUUGACCCUCUCGAUAUCAAGGGCAUCGACUUCUACAACGGAAUCUUUCAGCGCUUCAAGUGA